UGAUCUGGGUCCUAAUGUAGGGUAUGAAACCAUUGGCCUUGUUGACAGUAGUUUGCCAAAAGUAGGAGUCUUUGCUAAAGCAAGAGCAAAAGACACACCGAAAAGCGUGAUGGAGCAAUCAGGGACAGGUACGGGUUCAGAGAGUGAAACAGAAGCAGUAGCCUCAGAAGUUCACGUUUCUCCAAGCCUUUCACCAAUGCCUCAAGUUCCAAAGCAAGGAGAAUAUUACAGCAAAGAUGUCAUUUUCUACCUCAGGGAUAAAGUUGUGGUAGGAAUCGUGUUAUGGAACAUCUUCAACAGGCUGCCUAUUGCUCGAAAGGCCAGCACAGGGCUAGUGUGCUGUACA